GUCGCUUUUAAGUGAUGCACACGAGCUUCUCACCGGAUGUUGAUAAACGCACAUGUGUUGCUGUUGAGAGUUGAAGCUGUUUCAUAUUCAUGUAGCUGCUAUAGUUUAUUCAUUUAAACUCAAACUCGUUGUAUUAAAACCGGGAUGUCUGCGUCGUUGGUCCGCAGAGGGCUGGAGCUGCUGAACGAAGACAUUAAAGAUGUGAGUAAAGAGAAGAAGAAGAAGAAGAAGAAGACUCCCAGCCCUGUGGACGUCAUGGAUCUGGUGAGCUCGAAGCGUUCGGGCGUCACGAAGCAGAAGAAGAGGCUGCAGGGUCAGAUGGGACCCGGGAGGAACAAAGCCACCGUGAAGGACAAGAGGAUCAAAUCUGCAGUGGAGGAGUUCAGAAAGAAGCAGAAGAAGAGUCAGCUGAGCGUUAACCUGAAGUACUUUAUGGAAGAUGUCGACAAAGCCAGAGACUCGGACACUGCGAAGAUUUUGAGCCACAAUUCAGGGCGUCAGUCGAGGAACCGUCCGGACGCCCCCGCUCCGAAGACCCCGGAGAAAGAGUCCUUGUUCACGGAGAAAGAGUUCCAGCAGUUCCAGAAGGAGUACUUCGGCAGGACUGUGGAGGAGAAGAAAUGAAGCGCACCCUAAAAACACAAAAAAAACUCUUUGGUGGAUGUCAACGGGUUUCUGGACUGGAUUUUCUCCGCUUGAACCUCCUUUUUAUGUCUCUCACGAAGACUGUGAGGAGAAAUGUUUUUAUAGGUUGAAUCUGAGCAGGUGUUUUCCUGCACACACACACACACUCUGUCACACACACUGUCAGACACACACACUGUCAGAUACACACACACUGUCAGACACACAUACACACACACUGUCAGACACACACACUGUCACACACACACUGUCAGAUACACACACACACACUGUCACACACACACUGCUCUGAAUGCAUCUCCUCAUUUGAGUUGCUUCAUUUUCACAUCCUCCUUACAAAGUGAUCUAAAAGUUAAAUAUAUUUUACUUCCUUUCAUUGGUAUUAAUAUUUUUCUUAUAUCCUUGUUUAAAAAAUCUUGAAAAUUCCCGAAAAGGGGAUUACGUUUUAUUUUUCUUCUGAUGUUGAAUUGUAAAAUCUCGUAAUCAUAAAUAAAUAAUUUGCCAAAUUC